UUGAACUCACCUCCGCCGGUUGGUUUAAUGGUGACAAGAACGAUUCUCAAUGGAACCUUGGAGAACCCCAUCGAAAAUGGCACUGUAAUAAUGAGACGAGGGAGUGUUUUGAGCUACAGAUGCAGUACAAUCGGCAAGGCAUUUUUUGAUUCCGAGUCCCAGGAAUUCAUUGACGAGAUUUUGGUAACUUGUCAAGAAAAUCAGCUCUGGGAUGUUGAGGACAUAUCCUAUGCUUGUGAAUGGCAGCAAUGCGGAGAUCCAUUAACUCCUCCACCAAAGUCUGGCUUAGUCUUGAGGAAAUCAGACCCGUUUGUUCCCCCUGAAAUCGGCGAACCAAUCUUUUACGAAUGUGAGGUUGGCGGAUUCAAUUUUUUCAAGCAUAAUUUAGGGAAUUCCACCUAUCAACUGACUUGUGGACCUCACAACACCAUCGCUCAAGACUUUGUUGAUUGGCCUCAAUGUGUUCCAAAUGUGUUUUGCGAGAUUCCUGAUGGAACGAUCGAUAUUCUAGUGGCAUUAGACGAUACCAAUUUGACACAUAUCGGUUAUGGCGAAAGCUUGGGAUAUUCAUGCCAAGAUCUGAGCAAAGACAUUCACACAAUGGGGGAUCCAGUGGGGCACAAGUUUUUGGAGGCAGAUUGCUUGUGGAACACUCAGACUUUGUCUCUGUUCCCCGACCAAUUGGAAUGCGUUUAUGCAAGAUGUUUAGACAUUCCAAAUCCUCCUGACUCAUCUGGUUUGUUCCAUGUUAAUGGAACGCUUUCAAGUGUUCCCAUCGGGAAUCACGUUACUUUGAAGUGUCCAAUCGGAAAAUCAUUCUACCGAAACAGCAAUGUGUCUGACACUCUUAAACUUCCCUGUGAAGAUAAUGGAGUUAUUUCAGAGCCAUUGGAUUGGCCCGAAUGCAGGGAAACACCGUUUUGUUCCAUCCCACCAAUGUCUUCGGUGACCGGGAUCUCUGCCAUCUUGAUCGACGACAACAACUCAAAGUGAGAAACCUUAGAAGUUCAUAUGGAAAUGUGUUUGAGGCGUUAUAUUUACAGCGUGGCAUUGUAACUCAGAGAACAUAUAUAUAUAUUUCCCAUUUUUGAUACAUGUUUAGCCAAGCCCGUUUAUCAUUCCCACAAUUUUGUCUACGUCCUUAGCAAAAGCUCUACCGUGACAAAACUGUAUAAAAG